AUUAUCAGUGAUUAAAGUGAUUGAGACAAUAAAAACAGCCAAUGAAGGGACUGAAUUUUGUACUGCGGAAAUUUGGAUUUUCGUCUCGGAUAAUAAAAUGCAUAACGAUAAUGUUAGCUUAUUUCCUGUAAUAUUCUGGCGGUGUCUAGUGAGUCAACCA